CUAUUAUAGUGUCUUCGUUAUUGUGAAUCGCAUCCCUGGAAAGUAUUUUGGUAAAUUACCAUGUCUGCGGCCACAAAAUUACAUAAAACAAGCUGGUGCGCCCUUCGGCAACUGCAACAAUAUAGAACUAAGGCCAGCUUCAGUGCCAGUUCAGCGUCGAUAUCCAAGCGAAACGAACUUUUUAACCAGGAGCAGCGCCGUCAACGGGAUGCAGUGGGUCGCAUUGACAAGAUCGAGGUCCGGUAUCUGGGACUCCCAGAAGAUGUCACACUGGUUAUGAACAGCAACAUCUCCACGCCAUACAAUUGUGCCCAGCACCUGAGUGAGGGACACUGCAAGCGUUCGGCACUGGCUCUAAUCGAUGGCAGUGUGCCCUGGGAUAUGCACAGACCCCUGCAGGACUCCUGCACCCUACAACUGCUUAACUUCCAUGUCUCCGAGCCGCACGUAGUGAACAAAGCUUUCUGGCGCACUUGUAGCUUUAUGUUGGGAGCCGCUUUAAACCGGGCAUUUAAACCGGAGGCGAAUCUACAGCUUCAUAGUUUCCCAGGACCCAACAUCAAAUCGGGCAGCUUUGUACACGACAUUGUGCUGCAGACCAAAGAUUGGCAGCCUUCGAAGGAAGAGAUGCGCGCCAUUUCGGCGGAGAUGGUAAAGUUAGCCGCUCAGGAUCUGCGCAUUGAGCGCCUUGACAUCCAGCAAGAUCUAGCCCAGGAGAUGUUUAAGGAUUCAAAGUACAAGAGCGAGCAGCUGCCCAGCAUUGCGCAGCAAAGCCAUGGAAAAGUGACCCUUUAUCGCUUGGGUGAUCACAUUGACAUCUCACGAGGUCCAAUGGUCGGCUCUACCAGCUUCCUAGGUAAAUGUACCAUUUCGACUGCUCAAAAAGUUGCAGAAGAGGGUCCAUCAGGUGCCUUUUAUCGCAUUCAAGGCGUAGCACUGCCUGCUGGCUUCCAGCUGAACCAUGUGGCGUACGGUGUACUGGAGGAAAGAUCCAAAAAACCUAGCCCCGCUCGCCUGCCCAAUGAACCCUUUGAGGAACAACAACAACUGCAAUUAUCUUAAAACGUUCUUUAAUAUUUAAAGCUAUACAAUAAGUGUUAAAAGGUAAAUCAUUAAAGAGCGCCCCAGUUUGUUACAAAA